UGUUCAGAAUGUGAGAAAUGCUUUCAGAAGAAAUCAGCUCUUGUUGUACAUCAGAGAAUUCACACAGGGGAGAAGCCAUUUUUAUGUUCAGAAUGUGGAAAAUGUUUUCCGCAAAAAUCAGCUCUUGUUAUACAUCAGAGAAUCCACACGGGGGAGAAGCCAUUUUCAUGUUUAGAAUGUGGUAAAUGUUUUAUCCAGAAAUCAGACCUUUUAAGACAUCAAAAAGUUCACACAGGGGAGAAACCAUUUUCAUGUUUUGAAUGUGGAAGAUGUUUUCGCUAUAAAUCAGAUAUUGUAAGACAUGAGAGAAUUCACACAGGGGAGAAGCCAUUCUCAUGUUUGGAAUGCGGGAAAUGUUUUUUGUAUAAAUCAGAUCUUGUUAUGCAUCAGAAAAUUCACACAGGUAAGAAGCCAUUUUCAUGUUCAGAAUGUGAAAAAUGCUUUCAGAAGAAAUCAGCUCUUGUUGUACAUCAGAGAAUUCACACAGGGGAGAAGCCAUUUUUAUGUUUGGAAUGUGGGAAAUGUUAUAGUUGUAAAUCAGCUCUUGUUUUACAUCGGAAAACUCACACAGGAGAGAAGCCAUAUUCAUGUUCAGAAUGUGGGAAAGGUUUUAUCCAGAAAUCAGACCUUAUAAGACAUCAGAGAAUUCACACAGGGGAGAAGCCAUUUUUAUGUUUGGAAUGUGGGAAAUGUUAUAGUUGUAAAUCAGCUCUUGUUCUACAUCGGAAAACUCACACAGUAGAGAAGCCAUAUUCAUGUUCACAAUGUGGGAAAGGUUUUAUCCAGAAAUCAGACCUUUUAAGACAUGAAAAAGUUCACACAGGGGAGAAGCUAUUUUCACGUUCAGAAUGUAGAAAAUGUUUUACCAGAAAUUAUGAGAUCCCUCUGAGAAUCAUGGCUUUUGCUGUGGGAUAUAUUGUAAGACAUGAGAGAAUUCACACAGGAGAGAAGCCAUUCUCAUGUUUGGAAUGCAGGAAAUGUUUUUUGUAUAAAUCAGAUCUUGUUAUGCAUCAGAAAAUUCACACAGGUAAGAAGCCAUUUUCAUGUUCAGAAUGUGAAAAAUGCUUUCAGAAGAAAUCAGCUCUUGUACAUCAGAGAAUUCACACAGGGGAGAAGCCAUUUUUAUGUUUGGAAUGUGGAAAAUGUUAUAGUUGUAAAUCAGCUCUUGUUCUACAUCGGAAAACUCACACAGUAGAGAAGCCAUAUUCAUGUUCAGAAUGUGGGAAAGGUUUUAUCCAGAAAUCAGACCUUUUAAGACAUCAAAAAGUUCACACAGGGGAGAAGCCAUUUUCACGUUCAGAAUGUAGAAAAUGUUUUAACCAGAAAUCAGCUCUUGUACAUCAGAGAAUUCACACAGGGGAGAAGCCAUUUCUAUGUUUGGAAUGUGGGAAAUGUUAUAGCUGUAAAUCAGCUCUUGUUCUACAUCGGAAAACUCACACAGUAGAGAAGCCAUAUUCAUGUUCACAAUGUGGGAAAGGUUUUAUCCAGAAAUCAGACCUUUUAAGACAUGAAAAAGUUCACACAGGGGAGAAGCUAUUUUCACGUUCAGAAUAUAGAAAAUGUUUUACCAGAAAUUAG